CUUCAUCUCCAUCCACUUAGAGAAUGUUCACUGUAAACUACAGAGAAUACGUCAGACUGACAGCACCAUUAAACAAGGAGAUAUUUAACUAAGGAUUAGACAGAAUCACUUCUCUCUCACAAGAAGGAUGGGAAUUAUGAAAUGGUUCUGAAAGUCUUGGUUUUGACUGUGCACCUUUACCAGCCCAGAAGGUCAAGGAUCUCCAUGUGCCAGACGGAGUGACUGACAGCGGCGGCAACAUGGACAGCGUGAACAGGAACGUGGUGGAGCAGGGCCGACAGACACACCAGGUCCUACAGAGCACUUCUCUGGACCUGAUAGAGACGAGCAGGUCCCUGAAGGUUCAGGCAGAGCGCCCCCACCUGGUCAGCCUGGGGAGUGGCCGUCUGAGCACAGCUAUCACCUUGUUACCACUGCAGGAAGGCAGGACGACCCUGGGCUCUGGGAACACAGAUAUCCCCCUACAGGGGCCAGGGGUGGCAGCUCAACACUGCUACAUCGACAACAAUGCCGGAAACAUCACCCUGCACCCCUGCGGAAACCAGUGCUCCAUGGACGGCCUGCCAGUCCCCAAACCUGUCCGCCUGUCUCAAGGGUGCAUGCUCUGUUUUGGUCAGUCUGCCUUUUUCCGCUUCAACCACCCAGAGGAGGCCUUGAGGAUGAAGAGUAUGCUGCCUGGAGGGAGCCAGGGGCCCAGCACCUACAGGGGCCACCACACAGAUGGCCGUGCGGUUGUAAAUGGGAACCAUCAGGCUCUUCCCUCUGAGAGGAUGAAGCCAGGCCAGGGCUCUCAGACUAGCAACAUAGAGAGGGACCUUCAGGAGAUCAUGGACUCCCUGGUGAUCGAGCACCCCCAGCUGUCCUCAGAGCCUGUGAAGCUGACCCAUCACCCCAUUCCCCAGUCCCCCCUCUCCCCCAUGCUCAACGGGGGUGGACGCUACCUGCUCUCCACUCCCACCAGCCCUGGGGCCAUGUCAGUGGACUCCAGCUACGAGAAUGCCUCGCCACUCUUUUCCCCUCUCUCCUCCCCCCCAUCUGGCGCCGGUGCUGGCACCCUUCCCAGCCAGGACCCAGGCUGUACCACCCCCCCAGUACCUGCCUGCUCCUCCAGGUACAACAACCAGACUCCUGUUCCCCACGCCCGGUCCUCCCUGCCUGGGCCCUCUAGUGGUCCAGCAACUGGGCAGAGGGUGUCUGAGAGUCCCAGGCCUCUAAGGAGGGCCGUGGUGGAGGCCUCUCCCAGCCCUUCACCUGCCCGUAGAGGCCAGGACUCCCCUGGCUCAGAGAGCACCAGACCUGCUCAUGGGGCUUUGCCCAGCUCCAUCCCCAGAUUAGCCCCCAAGUUUGCCUCAGCAGCAGCCUCAGCUAACCCCUCCAGCCCCAGAACGAGGGAGAGCCCUCCGGUCCAACUCCACCCCCGCACAGACAGCCCUCAACAGGCACGCUGGACCCCAGAGCCCACCACUGCCUCCAGCCUGAGAAAGCUGCCCCCUCUCAGCCCCUCCAUGUCACGCAGGGGUACCCCCGGACCCCAGAGCUCCAUCCCAGCUCCAUCCUCCAAUCAGCGCACCUCUUCUGAGAAGCCGGUCUCUGAGAGUCCCCGGGUCCAGCGCAUAUCUGCCUCCCCGUCAGAGGAGGAGGGGGUGUCUCCCGGGAGGGGGUUACGUGGCAGGAGUCCCUCCCCCACCUCGAGUCUGGGGAGGGAGCAGGUUGGUAGGCUGCAGAGCUCCAGCCCUGGCAGUGCCCUCACCCCAGGCCUGAGCCCUCUGUCUGGGCCCUCUCCUCUCACCAGCCCCCGGAGCCAGAGGAAGGCCUCCAGCAGCACAGGGUCAUCCUCCAGGGAUGCCCGGCCUGUCCGUCCUCGCACCCGGGAACGCAAGAACAGCAUCUCGGAGAUCAGCGACAAUGAGGACGAGCUUAUGGAGUACCACCGCUGGCAGAGAGAGGAGAGGCUUCGUGAGCAGGAGAUGGAGAGACUGGAGCGCCAGAGAUUAGACACCAUCCUGAACCUGUGUGCAGAGUACAACAAAGGUGACUGCCCUGUGGGUCUGAACGAGGCCGUGAGGACAGGGCUGUUCCCGGGGUCUGGGGAGGAGGGCGCUAGAGGGCCCCCUUCAGAGAGAGGGGGCGGGCCUGCCCAGCGAGGAGGAGGGGCCCAGAGGCAGAGGGAGAGUGACGAGGAGAACCAGAGAGAAGAGUCCAGCAGCACAGAGAGCACCCAUCAGGAGUGUGAGGACGUGUCCGGGGUGGUUUUGGCCGCAGGCGGGAGUCCUGAGCAGGUGUACCUGGAGGAGGAGCGGAGCAGGGUCCUGGCCAGGGUGGAUGAGCUCAAACACAGGGUCACAGAGCUGGAGCAGCAGCUGCAGGAGUCUAGACAGGAGGCGGAGAUGGAGCGAGCUCUGCUGCAGGGGGAGAGGCAGGCGGAGCAGGGGCAGGUGGAGGCAGAGACGGACAUCAUCGCUCAGUUGCAGCUCAAACUGAGCCAGCUGGACAAGGCCACCCAGAGGGAGAGGGAGAAGGGGAGGGCUAAUGUGUCGGCUGAGAGGGAACUCCUGGACAGACUGCGUGAGGGGUACAAUGAGCUGAAGAGCCAGCUUCAUAACUGCCCUGAGUCACUGAGGGAACAGUUACAGGAACAGCUGCGCAGGGAGGCCGAUGCUCUGGAGAGUGGGACCAAGCAGUUUGAGGACCUGGAGUUUCGCCAGCUGGAGAGAGAGAGCGGCCUGGAGGAGGAGAAGGAGACCCUGAGCCGACAGCUGCUCCAGGAGAGGGCCGAGUACCACCGCAGCGUGGCCAAGAGGAAGGAGAAGAUGGCUGUUCUGGAGAGUCAGGCCAAUCAGUUGGGCCUGCAGGCUGCUCAGGACUGUGAGAAGAUGGCGAAGGACAGGACCCUGGCUCUGCAGCUGCUCCACAAGGAGAAGGACAGGCUGAUUGCUCUGGAGCAGAGGUACCACGUCCUGACGGGGGGGAGGAGCUUCCCCAAGCCAAUCAGCAACAUGAAGGAGGACGUACUCCACAUCAGUGAACCUGACCUUGCUGAGGAGGAAGGUUCUCUGCACACUCCCUGCCCCUCCCCAGCCUCCUCCUCCUCCUCCUCCUCUCUCACCCCCUCCCCUGAACUCUGUCCCAUCAGGCCACAGGAGGAGUACCUCAGGCUUGCUGAUGUCUAUAAGAUGUAUGGAAGCGGGUUCUUUCCACCUCCCUCCAUCCCUCCUGCUCCUCACUGCCUCCUCCCUGUAGCCUCUGCUGCCCCUCGCCAGGAAUACAUCACCGUCAGUCAAUUGAGUCAGAUAUUUGGGAUGCAGAAAGUUGAGCCCUCCCCUGCCUCCUCUAUCCAGUCAUUCCAGCUUGCUCUCUCUGACCCUUCCUACUCCUGCCACUCAACGCCAUCUGGCCCCUCCCGCCCUCUCUCAGUUGAGAGCCAGCCUGACUGGAACAGGCCUGACAACAGCAGCCUCAGUUUAGAGCGCUGGUACCAGGAUAUCAUGUCUUCUGGGGACCCCCCUCAGCCUUGCCCCCCUCCACUUCCUGCUAAGUCUCACUCCUCUCGCAGGCAAGGCCAGGUGUUCCGGUCCAAACCGGAUGGUGAGGUCGGACCACCGCGCUCUAACGUCAACGGAGCGGGCACCCCGCCACAGUCCAACGGUGUCACGCUGGGACGAAGCACACCCACCAAGGGCCUUCAGCUGGUGCCCAGGGACUUGUCAAUGUUAAGCCCUGCAGACAUGGACACCAGGAGGCAGCUGGCUCUGCAGAGUAAAGGUCCUCCAUUGGUCCACCACUCCAUCCUGCAUCAUCAGGGGCCGCCCGCUGGCGACCAGGCGUAUGACACUCUAAGCCUGGAGAGUUCCGACAGCGUGGAGACCAGCGUCUCCACUGGCAACUCCGCCUGUUCUCCAGAAAGUGGAAGUGGGCUUGAGGCCCUGAGGAUCGAGGAGAUGGAGAAGAUGCUGAAGGAGGCUCAGCAGGAAAAAGCCAGGCUGGUGGAGAGUCGAGAGAGGGAGGUGAAGGCUCGACGGCAGCUGUUGGAGGAGGAGCGGAGGAGGCGCGAGGAGGCCGAGAGGAGGCUGCUGGAUGAGACCGCCCACAGGCAGAGGCUGGUGGAGGAGGAGGUGAAGAUGAGAGAGAAGCACUUCUCCCAGGCCCGUCCUAUGACACGCUACCUGCCCAUCCGGAAGGAGGAGUUUGACUUGCGCGCCCACGUGGAGUCAUCGGGCCACAGUGUGGACACCUGCCCCUACGUCAUCCUGACGGAGAAGAUGUGCAAGGGGCAUCUGGUCAAGAUGGGGGGCAAGAUCAAGUCUUGGAAGAAACGCUGGUUUGUCUUUGACCGCCUCAAGAGGAACUUCUCCUACUACGUAGACAAGCAUGAGACCAAGCUGAAAGGGCUGAUCUACUUCCAAGCUAUAGAGGAGGUCUACUACGAUCACCUGCGCAGUGCCACAAAGAGCCCGAACCCAUCCCUGACCUUCUGUGUGAAGACUCACGACCGGCUCUACUUCAUGGUGGCACCCUCUCCAGAGGCCAUGAGGAUCUGGAUGGACGUCAUAGUAACGGGUGCAGAGGGCUACACACAGUUCAUGAGCUGAGGGACAACAGGGUUCCAGACCUGUACGAUACCAGGAGAUAGCAUGGGUCCUCUCCCAAACACCCGCCCUCCGCUCUCCCUCUCGCCAGCCAUGUGAAACUCUGAGGACGGGACUCGGGUGAUGUGGGAUGGACGUCUCCACAUACUGUGGCUUCUCUGGUGCUCACACUUGUUGUACCAUGAGUCAAAAAUACUAAGGAAAUGAAAGGGAAGCUUUUUUACUUAAUCUGUUCAAUAGUCAAUCUAAGAGUUGUAUUUAUACUGCGUGAUUGACCAUGCCUGGUUAAAUGAGUUUAUACUACCUGCCAAUGAAUCCAUUAAGUGUAUAAAGACUGAAAGUAUAUAAACAGUAUUUCCUUUUUCAUUUCAAAGUAAUAUGUAUGCAGUUUCAGUUGCCAAUGAACCUAAUAGUACAUAUUUGACUAAAUGCUCAUUUAAUUAUUUUAUAUUAAUGUGUUACAGACUAUUCUGUUGAAAUGUUUGUAACAUAUACUGUAUUCUUUACUGUUUUUCUGUAUGUUUGGGCAGUGUCAAAAAAUUAAUCCGUUUUAUAUUCUUUAAAAAAUACUUUUCAUAGGGAGAUAAUAUGAACACGCUUGCAUUUCAAACCAGUGUCAGGUUGAAGACAACACAAAACUGAAGUGUAAACAAAGCUUGGUACUUCAUUUUAUGUCAUAUGGUAACACUAUCUUGUCAUAAACAACUUUGAAAUAAAACAAAUGCACAGGCAUUAAGUACCAUUUUAUUUCAGGCAUGUAAUUGUACCAGACUAUUUUUUCUCUUGAAACUCAUUUCAGUCUUCUCAAAGCUGAAGUUAUUAUUUACAUCAUUAUCUAUCUUCAACACUGGUGCACUAAAUGGAAAAAUAUGCUUUAAAAGUAAAUGUGUGCAUUUU